AUGGUCCGUUCGAUAGGUCCAAGGGUACAUCGCAAGGGAUCUUUAUAUCCUGAACUUGCUGCAGAGCAAAAUUCGUCCCAUUCUCGUUCUCUAUAUAAAGCAACUAAAAUCACAAAUCCUGACUUCAAGAAUUAUCAUUCUCCAUACGGAUUUGCGGUGACCAAGGAUCAACUAAAGCCUCAAACAGAAGAACGAAUUGAUCCGUCAUACAUAAUUGAACCGUCAAAAUCUAAUGUUGUACCAGAGCCGACCGAUUCAUCAACUACUUUAGGGGAAGUGAUCGCAGAAACUGCGUCAGGAAUUAGUUCAAAAAUUCCCAUAAUGAGUUAUAAUAAUCCCGUUGCCUUUAUUGGGGCUGAACAAGUACAAUGCUCAUUUGUACAAAUGAAUUACGAACCAUCAUAUUGGGCUAUGCCAACGCUGUCAUAUACCGAUGAAAGUUAUGAAACACAAAAGACACCUCUCAA